AUGCAAUUCAAAUUAGAGCCUUCUGACGAUAUUAAAGGCGAACAAUUAGAUGAUGAUAAGGAACUAGAGACCUCUUUCCUUAAAGAGAUUGAUAUUAUGCGGUCAGAUAUCGAUUUUGACACGUUUAAUAAUCAAAUUAUUAAAAUUCAAUCUUACAUUUCUGUAAAUCCAGAGCUUGUGAAAUUACUAACCAACAUGGAUGACUUCGAACUGUUUUUCGAGAACAGAAUAAUCGAUUUAAUACAAAAUGGAUUAAAUUCUAUCGAAACAAUCAAAUUAUUCAACAAUAUUGUAGUACAGAUUAACAGAGAGAUUUUCGUACAAGAAGACUUUUUUGAUUUACUUUUAUCUCAGUUAUUUGCAAAUGAAACAGAAAUUUCGCUCAAGCACUCAAUUUUAAUGCUUAUAUCAAAUCUUGUAGUUGAUAAUAGAGAUAUUGCAAUAGGAUUGUAUAAUCAAAAUCUUCACAACGAAAUAAUUAAUUUUGUUACCUCAACAGAAGGCACUCCAUACUACGAUCAAUGUCUUAUUUAUUUGAGUACAAUAUUUGAAUCAUUCUAUUAUUACGAUAUUGAAGACAACACGAUAUAUUUAAAUUUUUUCCAAUAUAUAAUUGAAAAGCAUCAAAUUCAUUUACAAGGAAUACUUUCAUUUAUAUGGUCAUUCAUAAAAGAAUCUAGGUUUGAAGAAACAGAUGAUUAUUCGUUUUUUAAAACACGAAAUUUUUUAAUUCAGCUAAAUGACUGCUUAAAUAACAUUGACAAUCUAGAAAUUAUCUUAAAUAUACUUAUAUUCUUUAUUGAAGAGGAUGAUGCUCAAAGUUUCUUCGAAGAAAUGAAGAAUAUUAAUGAAAACAAUCCCACAAUUGCUUUUUCAAUGAUUGACAGUAUAUUGAAUGUUUUAUUCAACAGGGAAAUGAAAUCAAUUGAUACAAAAUGGCCAAAUUCGCUUUUUAUAAGAUUAAUAACCAAAUGUAUUAACUUUGAAGAUAUGUCAGGCUUCUGUCUUUUGUUUACAGAAGAUAUGUGCCAAUAUAUUGAUUAUUGCUCCCAAGCUCUUGAUUUUCAUAUUAAAUAUGAAAUUGUUGAUUUAUAUCAAACAAUUCUUAAUAUUCAUGAGAACAAUCCAACAAUUUUUCUUCAUAUAUUCAAGUAUUCCCACUUUCAACAAAUGAUUGAACUGAUUGAUGGUGAUAACCCUGAUUUGUGUCAAAAAAUCAUCAAUUUCUUCUUUCAUUUCACAUGUAUUGCAGAAAGAAAUAACUACAUGUUCAAUGCUGACCCAGAAGUUGUUCCAUUUCUAUUAAAAAAUGUAGAUGAGCACGAAUAUAUUAACUAUGUUGAGAUUUUAGAACUUUUUAAUACGACAGAUUUCGCAAGUUUAAUGGAAUCUGCUCUAGAACUGAUUGAUGAUGAAAAAUACACAGAAUUUUGCGACAUUUUUUAUCAAAAAAUUGAAAACUUCAACAAUAGAGAACAAACAUCAAUUCCUUUACCGGAUUAUAUUUUUUCAAAGCCAGUAGAUCUUGAUUACUUUGAUUCUGUUUUUGAUUGA